CUCCAUCAUCGCCGCCGCCGCCGUCACCACCACCACCACCACCACCAGAUCCUCGAUAUCAUCGUGCAUCGUCGCACUCAUUCGAGAGUCGGCCGAGUGCACCGAAUCGAGUCGUGGCCAGAGAGAGCGGUUACGUUACGUCGAGUCGCGAGACGAGACCCCGUGAGUCCUCUACGGGGAGGGGGUAGCGCGGAGGGGAAGAUCGAGCGAGAGACUUCGAGGGGGGAGUGCGAGAGCAAGAGAAGGAAGGAGCGAUAGAGGCGAGAGCGCGCGCGCGCGCCUGUCGACCCACCGGUCGAUCGACAACCACGUCGUCGACGACGGGACAAUCACGACGACGACGACAACGGUGAGGAAAAUCGCGGUGCACGAGGAUAGUAAAGACGAGAUCGGGUUACUCCUCUCGAUUAGAGCGAGAAGGACGAGAACGUAAGAAGAACGGCCAGAAGGAAAGGAGAAAAACUUAGUAAAGGAGGAAGGGGAAAGAGAGGAGAGAGAGAGUGUGCGUGUGUAUGUGUGUGUGUGCGGAAGAGCGAGAGAGAGGCAAGUAUCGUGAGGAAGGAAGGAAGGAAGGAAGGGAAAGGAAAGAGAGAAAAUCGGGUCGAAAUCGUCGGACAUGUGCGCGGCGCUGUGCUCGCAAGCAGCAGGGACGUGAUGGUACGUAGCUCGCAGCGUGCAAGUUAUCAGGAUUGCUCGCGGUCACGGGUUCGUGACGACCAUGGUGAGGAGUGCGACGGCGUGAGCGACGACAACGAGCGCGCUAUCGCGAGAGAGAGCCUCGGGGCGCCGCACGCCGACGGACGGAGCGGCGUUGCCACCUCUCUUCGCCCGCUGCCUCACGAGAAGCGAUACGGCAACCAAGAACACCGUCGUUGCCACGUCCGCUGUUACGUUCCGCUGCCAGCCGGGACGGCAGCUCGCUGGCCACGGCGACCAUCUCUCUCGCUACGCUGAUAAGCCAAAGAUCGCCGAUCUCUCUGACUCGUCCUCAGACUGUCAUUCUGGAUAAAUCAUAACGACGCGUAUAAAUUUUAAGAAGAGAUUUUACUUGGAAAAGUUAGCUGUUUCAGAACCGAGUAGCGACAUGGAGGCAAAGGAGAGGGAGAAGCCGCUGGUUAAAGACUUGAACGAACAUAUCGUAUGUCCUCUGUGCAGAGGCUACCUCAUAGAUGCAACGACUCUCGUGGAAUGUCUGCAUUCUUUUUGCAGAGGUUGUAUAGUGAGACGGUUGAGCAGCGGUGCCAGAGCGUGUCCCGUGUGCAAUGUCGCAACGUCUCCUCCACUCUUGCCGGACGUAAAGCUGCAACGACUUGUAUAUCUUAUGGUACCCGGCCUCUUCCGGUCGGAGCUUGAACGAAGGCGUCAUUUCCGGCUGGUCAAUCCACAAUGCCCACCUUUGGCCUUGCCCUUGGGCGCCCUAAACUUAACCUUGGACGAUUUCGUCAGCCUGAGUUUAUGCGAGCUCGACGAACCGGAAGGAGAGGCGGCCGUCCACGAGGCGGAAAACCGUGCCGGGUCACGAUACCGGGCGAACGCCGAUCAAACGAAACAGGAAGACACGAUUCAGGUUAGAAAUACACGAUACCUUAAGUGUCCGGCAGGAGUCACUGUUCGACACUUGGUUCGAUUGCUUAUGCUGAAGAGGGGAUGGGAGGAAGCGAAUUCUCACGGGACGAAUCUCAAUAAGAUCGAGAUGCUGUGCGAGAAGAGCAACGAAAAUCGGCGGAAUGGCACGAAUGGCACGAUGGUGUUGGAUCAAUCUUGGACUCUGCUCGAUCUCGCCUGCAUAUUUGGUUGGAAGAGAGAAGCGCCUAUGAAGCUGUUUUAUCGCGUGUUACGUAAGGAGGAUAUUGUCUCCGUUUCAAGUGAGAACUCCUUCAACGACGAGACAACCAAGGAUACCGCGACAAUGGAAAAUAUUCAACGGCCACCGACACCACCUCCCAGCCCCAAGCCUGUCCAAGAGUGCGGUCAAGAGGACGAGGGCGGCCAUAAAAUUUUAGAAAAUAACACGGAACCGUGUCAAUCAUCGUUGAAGAGCAAUUUGGAGCGCGACAAGGAGCCGAAAGCGAAGAAGCCCCGAUGCAAAGUGACUCCUGUCAUGAGAACACCUAAUCUUGUAUCGAUACAAGCCAGUCACGCGGCUGAAAGUUCCAAGUCGAAAGAAUUGGCGAAGCUGGAGCAUCGUAAGCACAGGAAACGGCGAAACAAACGUGUGAUCGCCGAGAUAACCACCACGCCGAGGGAGGAUUUGUUGAAGCUGAAGGUUCGAUUGACCCCGUGCCCGCCCAGGAUCACGUCGAGCAGCGGAAGUGGCCAAGCGAAGGAGAAAUUGUUGCAAAUGAGGGCCGUGAGACGGGAGAAGAUCAAAAGCACGGCGAUAAAUCAGCAACGUUCGUCGGGCACGUCGUUGACGCGAGAGGAAGGUGCGAGCACGAAGGAGAAUAUCGGAGAGGCGGAAGAGACUAUAGAAGAAAUAAUAGACAGUAUACCGGACGAGGUUGUUCGAAUCGCACAAAAUAUAACUACCCAACAAGGGGAAGACGCGUCGGCAUCAGCGGGGGAAAGGGUGGAUCAAAGGAACGGUGGAUCCCCGGCUUGCAAACCACCGCCGCCCAAGAAGGAAGAAGCUGAACCUUCUGAAGUGUUGAAAAGAACGUCCGAACAGAUGGAGGCGGAACGGCCGAAGAAAGACGAGGAAAUUCUCCGCCGAUUGGGCCUGGUAGCCGUGAACGAGGCUGGCGACAAUUUCCGCGACAAAGCGAGGCAACGCGUUCAAACGAACGGGGAAAAGAUCGAUAGUUUGGAUAGAGAGAAACUGGAGAAACAAUUGCGGGAGAGCAAAGCAAAUCGGGUGAGAAGUUUGUUGGCCGAGAAACAGAUGCGCGACACGUUGAAAACGAUGUCGAAGACAAAGGAGGAACACCCUGCACCCUUGCCGGUCAACACCCCACCGAAAAAGAAAGGCCCGCCCCCAUUGGCGCCGCUGAGGGUCGCAAAACCUUCCGGUUUCGCCGCGUCGAGCGCCAUUUUAGAACCGAAUAAUUCGAAAUACGAGAUCCCGUUGGAUCUAAGCAGUGGCGGGACCGUGCACAAUAACGUGCUCGAUCUUUCCGCCAAUUUAUCGGCCGCCAAUUUCUCUCUGUCCCCUUCCUCGUCUUCGUCCUCCUCUCCUUCGUCCUCCUCCUCCUCCUCGUCGUCGUCGUCGUCGUCGUCGUCGUCGUCGUCGUCGUCAUCGUCGUCGUCGUCGUCAUCUUCCUCGACCUGCUCCAUAUCCUCGUUGAAUCCAAGACCGCCACGUCCGCCCAUCACCCCGGCAAGCUUGUUACGUGGGAAGGCGAAGGAUCAUCUGGAUCAACGACGAGGCCAAGAUUCCAAUUUGAUGACACUUUCUGAUGCGGCUGUUUCCCUGUUAAGCGGUUGCAUCGCCGACGAGAACUCGGUCGAUUCUUUGAUGCUCAGCUCGGCUAAUCUCGCAAGCAAGGUGGCCCUACGAAUACCGCAACCUCAUCAAAGAAUCUCCGGUUUUGGGAUGAAAAUCAAACCGAAUCUGAGCAUCCGCCACAUCCCUAAUCCCCAAGCUGUGGUAGCAUCGCAAUACAGAAAUCAAAGAGUCAGUUAUUUCAACUCCGCCUCGCAACAACCACCGUAAAAUGAAUUAUUUUUGACCGACUGAAACACUAUUUCGAUUUUCCUCUGUCCUGAAAUUUUCUUUAAAUUACUUCCUAUAUUAUUAUUAUUAUUAUUAUUAUUAUUAUUAAUAUUAUUAUUAAUAUUAUUAUUAUUAUUAUUACUAUUAUUAUUAAUAUUAAUAUUAUUAUUAAUAUUAAUAUUAUUAUUAUUAUUAUUAUUAUUGUUAUUAUUAUUAUUGUUAUUGUUAUUACUUAAAAAUGCUCCUAUGGAAACAAGAUUCCUACGUGACCAAUCCAAAGGCUGUAUGUUACCAUAUAUAUUUUACCUAUACCCGCUUCCUAUAAUGUUUCUUAAAACAAUGAUGAAUUUUCGUACGGGCAUAAAGACGCAUGGAAAAACUUGAACGAUUAAAAACUUCAAAGAAAGAACGAUGAGAAGUUGAUAAAGUUGAAUAGAUGAUUUUUACUUUCGAGGAUCAAGAUGAGAAAAUUUUCAAAAAAAAAAAAAGAUCGUUCGAUGCGAGAUUUUUUACAUUGAAACAACAAAAAAAAAAAAGAAAGAGGGAGCAUAUUACCAAUUAGCAAAUUGGUAACGAGUUAGUCUUAACCGUGUGUCUUUUUGCCUCUUAUUAUAAUAAGAAUUCAAUGGCGGUAUUCCAUACCGUUGUUAUCUAGAUAUAUUUAAGCUACGUAUGUUCGUAAUGCAUGUAUGUGUGUCUAUGAUCAACCAUUAAAAAAAAAGAAAAAAAAAAUACAAAUUAUACCCUACCUUCUGCCCAAAAAAAGCUGACAGAUUAAUUUACGAAAAGUGUCGGCGAUUCGUCGCUCUAUUAUUCGGCAAUGAUACCAACCGCUGACAGAGAUAUAUUAAACGUAUAGUAUAUAACGUAUGGUUAAGGGUUGUAGCGAUGAGAAUACAGGAUGAAUGAUUAGAAUGGAACGAUGGAUGGAUGACGGAUAAGCUUUCUUGUCCCUCCUCCCUCCUCCCUCCUUCCCUCCUCUCCCUCCCUCCCUCCCUUCCCUACCCCCACAUGUCAUCGCUCCUUUUUUAGAAUCUUAGAGAAAUAUGUACUUCAUAGAGAUGCCAAAGAACGCCAGAGAACGUGUGCAAUGUAUUAGUGCAAUUUAAUUAUCGUCUAUACUAUAAUAUAAUAUAUUACAAGCGAUUUAUUGCGAUAUACAAGUCCAAUUGAGUAAAGGGGUGGAUUACUUUAGCACGCGGCUAAAAAGUAUGCGGCGAUCUUCUGAGAAAUUGGACGCGCUAACGAAGCUAACGAAGAGAAGUUUUGCAAAAGAAAAAAAAAGAAAAAUGUUUUAAUGUACGCUCGAUUCCUCUUCGAGAUAUCGAGAUGUACCGUUGAAUCGGGAAUUUAAAUAUACGUGUGCAUUUCUCUAAAGAGAAUGCGUAUCAUAUGUAAGGAAGUUUUUAUUUUAUAAAAGCGUAAACUCAUAUCGCUGUUAUUGAUUUAAGAAUGAUAUAUUAUCGUGUGAUAAUAUAUAUAUAUAUAUAUAUAUAUAUAUAUAUAUAUAUAUAUAUUAAUAUAUAUUAUCGUCGAUGAAACGCUUUAAAAAAAAUAUUGAGAAAGAAAAAAAUUAAUCGAGUGCGUUGGAAGCUCGUUGUGCGUGAUAUACGAUUUUUAAUGGUGUAUUCGAAAUUUGUACAGUCGAAUAGAAUUGCCCCCCUCCCCCCCGUAUUAGGACAGCAAUAAAGAUGAACUUGAUUUGAAAGGAAAUUUUAAAUAAAACGUUUACUGGGAAACAAAAAUCCAGAUCCUACUCGAACGAUCAAAAUAAUUCGAUAUUAAUGCACGCAUCGAUCGAGCGUACACGUUGCGUAAAAAAAAAAAUUUUACGAUAUCCAAUUAUCGAAUGAGUUAAGGUGGGUAUGUAAAAAUAACAACGUUCAAAACGUUUCUAGUCGAGAUAUAAAUUUUGAAAAAAAUGGAGGAAAGGUGCCAAUAAAAUGCGAAUAGAGAAAAAAAAAAUGGAUAAUAACGCAUAAAUUCGCGACGAAAUAUAAUUCAGAGAUUUGAAUUAAUCACGAAAUUUGCGUCAACUAGUUACAUGGUUACCCAUCGUCGAUAAAUGUUUGAGAAAAGGGAACCGCACGAUUUUGAAUAAGCUAAAAAUCAAAAAAAAAAAAAAAAAAAAAAACUGCCAGUUUAGAGGGAAAAAAAAACGAGGUAACUUAAAACAUUAGAAAUCAUUGCUCGUUAGAAUUUAUAAUGAACUAAAAGGGACCCAGAUUUUUUACACGUUAUUUUUCUACGACCUUUUUUAAAACGGCAUCGCGUUACGUUUCUACUAUUACGAUCAAUCGUUAUUUAUCUAUCGAUCCGCCAAUUACACAGAAUAGUUACAUUGAAAACAUAAUAAAAUUCGCUCGAACUUACGAUGACUUACGAAACGAUAAAGUAGCCACGAAGACUGUAAAGAUUUUAAUAUCAAAAUUGUUCCAAGAAUAGAUAGUUGCCAUGUAACUGUACGUAAGUUGAAAUAUUAACCCAUUGUUUGAAGCAACAUUCAUGUACUUCCUUAUUAACAACACGACCAGUACGUACCGUAUCCAAAGUUAGAAUUCGAAAAGACUUGAACGCACGAUGUAUACCUGUUUAGUGAAGGCAAUAUACCUGUAUACUGUGACAAAGGGUCGUCAAAUUUUUCCCAACUUUGAAUAUCUCGAGGACAAUUUCUUGAACCAUUGUGCCCAAAAUGUGACGUAUCGUAAGCAUAAAUUGCGAGAAAUAAAAAAAAAGAAGAACGAAGAGAAAUUUAAAUUGUCGCGAUUGCGAUUUUUGGACGAGAUCCGUGCGAUCGAAAAUUUAAGGGGAAAUGAAUUUAAGUUAAAAAGAAAAAGGAAAAAGGGAAAUUGUGAUUACAAUAAAGAAAAGAUACGAAUUAUUUUUUAUCAUCCCGAAGCCUUGUUGUUCGUAAAAACGUGUAACUACGUAAAAUUUUCGUUUUUCACGGUUUAAGAUUACGAUUUUUAACGAUAAGCCUGAUGCUUCGAAAGCAUUUUCAUGAUAAUUCUAUGGAAUAGUAUGCAAUUAAUUACUAUCAAUUACUAUCAAUAUUAUGCCCAUACCUCAAUAUUAAAUAUAAUAUAACGCAGUACAGUAUUUCCAUAAUAAACAAGUUGUGAGUUGUAAUCGAACUAAAAAUGUCUAUAAUCAUUCAGAAUAUAAUUAUUAAAAUAUUUAAAGUUAUUUUUAUCCCCAAUUGUUUAAUCUUUGAUUUAAACAAUUUUAUCAGAUUGUUUCAAUUGUUACUUAUCAUUAGAAUGGUCCUAAAAUUGCCAAUUUUAUUAUUACUCAGUGCGUACGAUUUGACCAAGAUCGAAUUAUAUCGAAUGAGCCAAGAGAUAAAGCACUGUAUUCGUUUUAUCGAAAUUAAGACAAGAAAAAUAAAAAAAAAAAAA